CUCCCUGUCAAUAUGUCACUUUUACGGGACAUGAAGGAAGAAAUCAAGGAUGUGAAACGUGACCAGGAAUUUGUGUUGAGAUGUAGAAUAACUGAGGACCAAUAUCAGAUGCUAGAAGCUAUAAGAAAAAGAGAUAACAACAAAGUUAAACACCUCAUGACUCGAGGUGUUGACCCAAACUUCUUCAACAAUCUUGGUAGUACACCUCUGCACAUUGUGGCUGGACUCAAGCCAUCUCCAGCUGUAAAGGACAUGCUACAGAUACUAGUAUACUUCGGGACAUCUUUGGAUUCAGUAGGAAGGUUUGGACAGACGCCUCUACACAUCGCGUGUCAUAAUUCUGCCACUACUGUCCAAGUUUUGCUUGAAACAGGGGCCUCAGUCAAUAUACAGGACAAUGCAGGUUGUACACCCUUGAUAGAAGCUUGCAGCAGUGACUGCCCAGAAGCCCUGACCAUUACUCAGUACCUUCUUGACCAUGACUGUAACAUUUUUCUCACAGAUAAGGAUGGACGGACAGCCCUACAUUGUAUAUGUGGUAAUACAAAACAGGACUUGACUGUGAGGAAUGAGAUAGCCUGCCAAUUACUGAACCGGGGUUUGUCAGUGAGCAUAGAGGAUAAAACAGGUAAAAUGCCAUUGUGUUAUGAACUGAAGCAUUUCCUACAUCGAACACGAAAGCCUCUUUCAGAAAAAUACUUACAACUAGUGCAGACUUUAAUCAAGGCUGGAGCCAGUUUUAACAGGAAAAAUAGGCAACAUGAACGUUUUGUAAGGUAUGCCUGCAAAGUGUCAUGUGGACCAGUGUUUACGCAGCUAGCAGGACUUCUGGAACCAGUGUUAUCAGUGGGCGGGGUUUUAGCUCUCAGAGACUGUGUUCCUGAGGAGGAUGAGGACCACACCCACUUGCAUCAGUACCUUUCAUCCUUGGCCUGCAGAGUUCAACCCCUUAAACUUAUGUGUAGGACAGUACUUCGUGAGAUCCCUGAACUCCGGGGAAAACUUUACACCAAAGUGAACCUCCUUCCCAUUCCUUCCACACUUAAGGACUACCUAGUACUGAUGGAAUGAUACUUAGAAAAUAUUGAUCUUUUUAAGGGUGCAAGUAUGAUGUGGUGCAUGAAAAUUAUUUUUACUUUUUAAGAAGAC